CGUUACUUCGACACGUUGUCGCGCGGUUGUGUGACGCGUACUGUGACACCGAUUAAAAGAGCUCACGCGAUCGACGGUUUUAAAGCAUCUUUUCAGUUCUGUAUACCCCUGCCAUAUUAUUCAGUCUAGGCAUGGGUUCAUUUAAAAUCAGAAAAAUAUUGCUACUAGAUGGAGUUGAUGCAAUUUGUGCUACUAAACUGGAGGCUGCUGGGUUGGAAGUUACCAUCAAGCCUAAACUUUCCAAAGACGACUUAUUGAAGGAAAUACAGAACUAUGAAGGAGUUGUGGUGCGGUCUGCAACACAGAUCACAGCCGAGGUGCUGGCAGCAGGCACCCGCCUGCAGAUGGUCGGCCGGGCCGGUGUCGGCACCGACAACAUCGAUGUCGAUGCCGCUACUCGACGCGGUGUCUUAGUCAUGAACACGCCCACCGGCAACACAAUAUCGGCCGCAGAGCACACAUGCGCCCUCAUCUGCUCGCUGGGACGCUGCCUGCCGCAGGCGUGCGAGUCGCUCAAGGGCGGCGUGUGGGACCGCAAGAAGUUCAUGGGCAAUGAGCUCUACGGCAAGACCUUGGCCAUCAUAGGGCUGGGCAGGAUCGGCAGAGAGGUCGCACAUCGCAUGCAGGCCUUCAACAUGACCUGCAUCGGCUACGACCCCUUCGUGAGCGCCGCCGCGGCAGCUGAGUGGAACAUCGAGGCCUUGCCCCUGGAUGAGAUCUGGCCCCGCGCCGACUACAUCACCGUGCACACGCCGCUGCUGCCACACACCCGCAACCUGCUGGGGGAGGAGGUUCUCAUGACCAAGUGUAAGCCCGGCGUGAAGGUUGUGAACGUAGCGAGGGGCGGCAUCGUGGACGAGGCGGCGCUGCUGCGCGCCCUCGAGGCUGGUCGCUGUGGGGGCGCCGGCCUGGACGUCUUCACCACCGAGCCGCCCACAGACUACGCGCUCUGCCGCCACCCCAAGGUUGUGUGCACCCCGCACCUGGGCGCCAGCACAUUCGAGGCGCAGGAGCGCGUGGCAGAGGAGCUAGCGGACCAGAUGGUGUCGGCGGUGUCGGGCGGCCCCAUUGCCGGCCUCGUCAACGGCGGCGCCCUCGCCACCGCCAACAGCAGCGACGCCCAGCCAUGGCUUGCCCUCGCAUCUGCCCUCGGACAGGUGGCCGAGGUCAUCGUCUCGGGGCCUUUAACUUCUGUCACUUUGGUGCCCGCAGGUGCUUUUGCGAACAAAAAUUUGGCGAACGCGUUGUGCAGCGCCGUCCUGGCGGGGCUGCUGAAGAGGUCCAGCAGCGGCACAGCAAACCUCAUCAACUCCUGCGUCCUCGCUCAGGACUCGAACAUCUCGUGCGAGAUUGUUCCUCCCAGCGACGAGCUGAAGCCCAUCUUGCCUUCUGGGGUCGAUAACGGCCUUCUUGUUGCCGUCUCUGGCGCCAAUUCCAACGUGAAACUCGUUGGUUCGUCGGCUAACGGCCUGCCACUGCUGUACUCGGUCAACGACAGCUCGUGGCCUAUUGCCGUGCCCUUGUCUCGCAGUCUCGUGCUGUAUCGCUCAUUGGCUGCCUCGUCUCCUCUCCCCGCCAUUGCCGCGACGCUGGUCAAGGGCGGCCUCCUCAGUCUCGCCUCGUCUGCUGGAGGCUUGUGGCACGUCGCCACGCUAGACUCGCCUGUCACUGAACUAGACGCUAAGGUUCAAGAUGUAGAGUACGUCGGACAGGUGUCCUUGUGAGGCUGUCACUAGGUUUAACUUAUGGCCAAACACUUGUUACGUCGCCACGCUAGACUCGCCUGUCACUGAACUAGACGCUAAGGUUCAAGAUGUAGCGUACGUCGGACAGGUGUCCUUGUAAGGCUGUCACUAGGUUUCACUAAUGGUCAAACAUUUGUUACGUUGAAGUAUUAGUCUCUCUUCGUUAGAAGGUAGAUUUUUUUACAACUUUGCUCGUCUUGUCUUUUAUCGGUCUGCCUUCCUAUGCUGAGCGUUCAGUAUGCCUGGUGCUAGAGUGCUUUUUUUUUAAUUCUUGUUGGGUCGAAUUAUAAAGCAGUGCAUGCAUCAUUUGUUGACCGAGGUGACAUGCCGGAUGUUCUAGGUGGCAUCGCAGCGCGGCAUGCCAGCUUUUCUAGAUAACAUCCCGGCUCUGUCUCCUAGUGAAAUGACAACUUGUGUCUCCGGAGUUCACGCAAUUAACGUAAAGUGAAACGCUAAUUAAAGUGUAUUUUUGAUACGUUCAAGGCUCGUAGAUUCUUUGAUUAGGUGAUGAUUUUUUAAUAUUGUAUUCGCAGCAUUAACAUAAAAAAUUUUCUUGCUAAUAAACUAUUUUCAAACGAACAAUACAAUUGCAAGUAUUGAAUCAUGCAAACUUUCUGGGAUUUAAAUACUUUUAUAUUGCCCGGUGACGCAAUUUUUUCAUUUAUAACUUUAUAAAAAUGACAAUUUUAGCAGCAAUAGAUAGUCAUAUAUUAUCUAUUCAUUUAGAAAAUACAUGCUUUCCUUAUCUAAGUAGAACCUUUUCUUCCACAUUUCCGCUAUUACCCAAACUGUUUCAUCUCGCCUCUGGCCUCGCCAGUGCGCUCUCCAUUAUAGUGUUAGUAUUGCUUCUCGCUGAGGAUUCAAUUAUUAAUCAGAAAAUUUCGUGGUUUAAAACUAUGUUCCUACUCGUGGUUAGCGCGCUUCACAACUGUUAAAGAACCCAAAUUCCAAGUUAAUUCAAAUCAUUCCAACCUCCCCCAUUGUUAGGUUGAAUUUGCAAUAUAGUUAUUGAUAAGAAACGUACUCAUUCAAACGGACGUGCUGGAGUGAGGGCAUGAUUACUCAAAUACGUUUCCUUGCAUCUUACAAUGAUGCUUAAUGUUAAUCACGCUAUGGCUUCUUACUCCAGUAUAUUGUAUUUUAGGCUACCAAGCUUUUGAAUAGUGUUACCAUAUUGCACCGUAUUAUAUAUUUAUCUUAGUGUUUGCUAUUUUUCAAUAUUAAAUUGAAU